UAAAAUAUUAUUAUUUUUUAUCAAAUUAAAUGGGCUAAGCUUAAACUCAAUAACAAUAAGAUAUUGUACGAGUAAAUGAACAUCUAAACUAUUUGUAAAAGAGUAAGUUUAAUCAAUAUAUAUAUAAAUAUAGCUGCUACAACUGCAGCCCAUCAUGUUUAUGGUAAUUAAGAAGAAGUUCAAUUUCUAGUCAAAUGUCCUAAGUGUAAUAGUUAGCAAUUUGAUGAUCAAUUGGGGAGGAUAACUAAUUGUUUUUAGUGUAAACUAGUGUUUUCUGUCAAUGAUGGUUAAAUAUAGAUAAAACAAGAUUCUACUCAACUUGAAGACAAGAGAACCUCUUAAAUGAUUGAGACUUAGUUCCCUUAUUUAGAAAAUGUCACAUUUUAUGUGAAUAAGUUUUAAUUUUAUCUAAUUUAGAACUAAACUUGAUCCUGCUUUAAUUAAAGAUAACGUGAUAGACUUUUAAAGAUUAAUUAAUAACGUACUUUUACCUUACUUUUCUGUACGCCAAAGAGUCUUAGAAUCUGGAAUCAAAUUUUCAAUUGGAGCUUUUGAAUUUCGAGUAGUUGGUGGAUUCCCUGCUAAAGGCAUUAUUAUAAAAUAAACAUAAAUUUAUUGUUAUGGAUAUUAUAUUCAAGAAACUACAAGGAGAGUCAAAAUUUUAUCAAGGAUGUCUUCUUAAUACUUAGAUUCUGAAAUUAAAUCAUACUUUACUGUUAAUCCUAAAGAAAAUCAGAUUAUUUAGGAUUCAACCAUUAGAAUUAACUCACAAAAAUUAUUGAUUUUACAAUGUGAAAAUGCAUCUGGUAAAAUUGAUAGAAAUUCAGUAAAAUAAAAUUCUAAUUUUAUUUAUUAGAUAAUUGAGAGUAUUCCAAAUGUACAGAAUUUGAGAGAUGUUAAAUUAAGUUGUAUAAAAUGUCCAGUAUAGUUUUCUACAUAUUAAUCUCAAAAAGAUCGAAUCAAAGAUGCUAUUAGAAGAGCUAUUAUAAUUCCAUAUUUCUCUGGUUUAACUAGAUAUAUUGAGAAAGGAUAGAUUUUGAGAAUUUCAGAUUUUGAAUUUUAAGUUCAUAUGAUUGAGGAUCACGGAUUGGUUGUACCUAAUUAAACAUAAAUUGAUAUAGAUAUAAUCUCUCCUAUGUAAUAGUAGAGAAUUUAGUAAUACAGAUAAAAUGAUUAAUUAAUGGUUUCAAAUUUAGUACCGAAUAGAAGAAGUGAACUACAUAGAUAGCAUGCUCAAUAAAUUGAAGCACUUCAUAGAUUGUUAAACACUUUUAUUCUCUUAAAUGAGAAUCAAUAACUUUUACUCUCACUCAGAAAUAAUCGAACUUCAGAAGAAUAAAUUAAUUAAUUGCCUGUACGUUAAAUUAGUAUGGAAUUUAUUAAUUAACAUCAAAAUGAUGAUAAUCUCAUUAAAUGUAUGAUUUGUUUAGAAGAUUAUUAAGAAAAUCAAAUUGUUCGUACUAUGCCAUGCUGUAAUAUUAUACAUUCAUUAUUCUCUAGGGCAUUACUUUCAUCAAGAUUGCAUUGAUAAGUGGUUACAUAAGAGCACCUAAUGUCCAAUUUGUAAGACUGAAGUGGAUAUAGAUUUGCAAAUGGAAGAAAUUUCUAUGCAAAUGCAAUAAUGA